UCUUGGAAAAAACUUACUUCCAAAAUACAACAAUUAUCUUACAAUUACUCAAAUUUUCAUCGAGACCAUUAUGAUUUAACCAUCAGAUUUAAUGCUUUAGCCAAUCAAAUUGACAGCAUGCAAUUUCCUUUAGACAAAACUUUGGAAAUGAUAGAUGUAAUGAGAGGCGAGGGAUUUGAGCCAAGCUAUGAAACUUAUUUGAUACUUUUAAAAUGCCAUUCACAAAACCCAGAUUUUUUAUUUGACCCUGAAAAAAUCAACUUACAUGUAAAUAAAAUGUUAAAAAUUUUAGAUAUGAUGGAAUUAUCAGGAUACAAUAUUGAUAAUUUACAAAUUUUUGAGAUGCUUUUUGAAGCAUGUUUACCGCAAAAUGAACAAAGAAAUUUCAAUUUUCUAUCUGUUAAUUUAAAUUGUGGAUUAUGGCAUCAAGAAAUAUUGAAAAUGAUUAGGAAAAUAGAGGAUUUAAUGAUUAACAAAUUUCACUUAAAUCACAAUCAAACUACAAUAUCUACAAUUUUUCGUCAAUUAGGAUCUUUAAAACUUUUCAAUGAAUUUUGGACACGCUGGAAUAAUAUACCAACAGCAGGUUAUCGACCAAAAGAAAAAAAGGCAAAGGUUGAAAAUUUAAUGAAUAACAGCAGUAAAAAUCAAUAA